CACUAAUAUGAUUUAGUAAUUUUAGUUGACGACAUUCAUGAGAGUUUAUAUUCGUCGCCGAAAAUCCUCGUACUGUUAUAUUAUUGUAUUGAUUAUACGCUUGUGAGGCAAUAUGAUGAAAUCUAAACGAACAUUUUCUAGACGUAUUCCCUGCGAGAUUUUCUAACACAAAUUAGGAAUGGCCUAAAAUGGAAUUUAUAUUGGGAGCUUUGGGUGCCAGUGGCGCUGUGUGCUUCACCAAUCCAUUGGAAGUAAUAAAAACCCGGUUUCAGCUACAAGGAGAGCUGAAAAAAGUGGGCAACUAUAAAGUCCACUAUAGAAACUUUGCUCACGCUAUUUACGUUGUGGCAAAAAACGAAGGGCCGUUGGCUCUGCAAAAGGGCCUAUUACCGUCCAUGGGACACCAAGUGUUCUUGAAUGGUACAAGAUUAGGCAUUUUCGAUUUGGCGCAAAAAAAAAACUGGAUACUUAAAAGUGAUGGCACUGUUUCGCUGAUUAAGUCCGCGCUCGUCGGAGCCGGAGCUGGCAUGUUGGGUGGUUUUUUAGGCAGUCCGCUGGGCAUGUUAAAAAUUCAUCUUCAGUCGUUUUCUGCCCAAUCAAUCGCGGUAGGUCAUCAGCACAACACCACAAGCACAAUAAACGGUCUACUGACGUUGUACCGUAAGUACGGCGUGGUCCACGGGCUGUGGCGUGGGGCCACUGGGGCCAUGGUACGUAUUGGUGUUGCGUCGGCUACGCAAUUGAGUACGAUAAGCUUACUCAACGAAGCGCUCAUCGAUCAUGGGGUAUUGACCAAGGAUCAGAAAUUCCUGAGCACUCUCAUAUGCAGCAUGCUGGGUGGAGUAUUGAUGUCAAUAGUGAUGGCACCAUUUGAUCUAGUAUCCACCAGGCUCUAUAACCAAGCUGUCGACGCCAGAGGCCGUGGUCUUCUAUAUUCAUCGUACAUGGAAUGUUUGACCAAGACUUUCAGACAAGAAGGAAUCUACGGGCUUUACAAAGGCGUCGUUCCGUGCUACCUCCGACUCGGACCCCACGUUGUUCUAAGCAUGGUGUUCUGGGACAGGUUGCGACAAUUUGAAUCGAAUGUGUCCAACCACAUUAAAGCCAUGCAGAGUCUUUGAUUUUUUUAAUUAGUUUUUAAACCAUUUGUUAUUGUGUAUUUUUAUUUGAUGUGUAAAUCGGUAAUCCUAAUGUAAUAAUAAAUUGUUAAAAUAUAUGUAUUUAUAUUAGGUAUAUAUGUAUAGGUAAAGUUCCUGAUGGUUUUGGAUUUCAAUCAAAUGCAAAAAGACCUUAUUACUCUUUCAAUAUAAUAUAUAAACUUUAUUAUGCCUAUAGGAAAA